UCAACUUUGUUGUUUGAGUUGGAAAAUUAUUGUGUUAUUAGUCAAAAGUGGUAAUAUAAUGCUGAAAUAUAAUUAAACAAAUAACGAUUCAACGUCCCACUUAAACCAUGACGAAAGACGACAAAUUAUUUUUCCACAAAACCGUAAUGCAUUUGGCCAGGUCAUUGGGAAACAUCAAAAACACACCAUGGGAAAAGGUACAAAUCCUAUACGGUAUGUGCCCCAUGGAAUCGUCCAAUGGCGGAAUUUCGAUCAAUUGCCGUCAGCAGGACGCUGUUAUCGCUCUGGGCAUUUACUUUCUGGAAUCCAAAUUGCAACACAAGGAAAAAAUUGUUAGAUACUUGUUACGUUUGGCUACACUAUUGGAAAAAGCUACAUGGCCUGAUGAACUAAGAUAUCAUCCAACAGAUAGGCUUCCUAUGGCUGAGAAAUUUAGCUUUUGCUUGCACACUCUCCUCUGUGAUGUUGCAGCAAGAUGCGAAGACUACAGAAAAGAAAUUAUCGACACUCAAGUCGAGUGCAUGGCUAAUUUAACCAACAACAUUAUAAAGUUGCAAGAUCCCAACAAUUGCAACAGCAAUUCGAAAUUGUUUCUAUGCAAAACCACUUUGCCAGUACUUAUUGGGCUUUCCAGAGCUAUGGGAAAGUUUUCUUUUAACGAUCCGCCCUUGAUUUGCAGAAUUUUUCCUAAACCUGAACCACCUUUAGGACGCAAUUCUGUACCUAAAACUGCUACUUACACUAAAAGUUUUAGUAAUUUCAGAAGUAUCAUUCCAAGAAGUUUGUCUGGCAAUUUGGCAGCUACUUUUGAUAUUUUAGCUAUAACUCAAGGAUAUGACGCUACUGAUAUUGCUUACACUUCAAAUUCGCUUAAGAGAGGCUCUAUUAACAAAAAUUCUACCAGUUACGAUCCUACUACGUAUUUUUUCGCUAAGUUUGGGUCUUGCUUCAAUCAAUUUCCUCAAUUGCGAAUUAGUGAUCCGAAUGAUAAAAAAGCCAUUAUUAUUUUCCCCCAGCAUCAUUUGGUCACUAUAUUAGCUUUGAGCAAGAAACUGCUCACCAAGGAAAUGUUGACUAUUAUCGAUGAACAAUCUUUGGAGAUUUCAACGACAGGAAAAAUUCAAAUAUUCCCUUACAAAACAUUUUCAGAAACCAUUAAUUUGGUAAUGGUUACGUUGAUGCGGGAAUUGUUGCAGCCCCAAUAUAAUUUACCUGUACCUUUUACUAAAGAUGUGCAAGAAUUUGUCAAAGGUUUAUAUCUUAAUGGCCAAACCGAACUACAGAGUCGCAAUCAUGAUGCCAGCGAAAAAGAAGACAGAGAAAGCAAUUUUGCUUUGGUCAAUAAAUUCAAAGUCAAUGUUAUGGCAAAUGCCGCAUGUGUAGACUUACUGGUUUGGGCUAUUGGAGAUGAGACUGGUGCAGACAGCCUUUGUGGAAGACUUUCGGAAAAAAUCAACUCCAACCACGGCUACAGAUUGGUUUUAGCUCACAUGCCCCUACUUAUGGUUUGCUUGGAAGGCUUGGGCAAAUUAGCUCAAAAAUUCCCAAACAUUUCCUCAACUUCUAUAUAUUGCCUAAGGGAUUUCCUAAUAGCUCCAUCGCCCAUAUUAUCAAAAUUGCAUCGACAAGCUAAUGAAAAAGGCAAAGAAAACUUGAAAAUAAUCGCUACUGGAAAUCAAUUAAAAGCCGAAACCACCAAACAACAAACAUCACCAGUUCAAGGGGCCUUUGAAAAACUAAGGGACGCCGCAAUAGAAAAUUUAUGUUACGCCCUCGAAGCGGCCCACGCCACAGACCCAGAUUGCGUCCGGGCUUUGGUUGCUUCAGUUUCAAACCGACUAUUUACGGCCGAAAAAAGUGACAGCGAAUCCACCCUGAUAUCGACCAAUAUCGUCAUCAUGCUCGGUCACGUGGCCGUUUCAAUGAAGGGCACACCCAAAACUACAGAUACGAUAUUGCAAUUUUUUCAGCAGAGAUUUUGCAGGGUGCCUUCAGCUUUGGAUACUUUAAUUGUUGAUCAGUUGGGAUGUAUGAUUAUAGCGCAAUGUGAACCGCACGUCUAUGAGGUCGUUAUGAAAAUGUUCACUAUGAUUACGGUUGAGAGUGGCAGCUCUACUUAUGGAAAUGCUAGUGACAAGGCUCAAUAUAGGCACGUUUCAAGAUCUGUAAUCAAUGCCUUGGCAAAUAUUGCUGACAAUAUUCAAGGAGAACAACAAAUGAAUGAGCUGCUGGGCCGUUUAUUGGAACUUUUUGUUCAGUUGGGUUUGGAAGGCAAAAGGGCCAGUGAUAAGUCACCAGGGGCAUUAAAAGCAUCAAGCUCUGCCGGUAAUCUGGGGGUACUUAUCCCAGUAAUCGCAGUGCUCCUCAGACGACUACCUCCAAUCAGAAAUCCCAAACCAAGAAUACACAAACUUUUCCGAGACUUCUGGCUGUACUGCGUCAUAAUGGGUUUCACUGCAUCGGAAUCAGGUCUCUGGCCUCAAGAGUGGUACGAGGGUGUUAAAGAAAUCGCCGUAAAAUCACCAGCUUUAGUUUCGCCGACUUCAAGUCGCUCUGAAAUGAGAGAGCUUCAAUACACUAGCGCCGUUAGAAACGACAGCGUUUCUAUUACCGAACUGCAAGAGCUUAAAAACCAAAUUCUAGAUUUGCUUAGGCACCCAGCAGACGUCACUGCUAUCGUCAACAACAAGUUGAGUUUUGCUCAGUGUACUUUUUUGUUGAGUGUGUAUUGGGUCGAGACUCUAAGGGUUCAGCAUUCUGGUGAGCCAAGUCUAGUACCGAUGAUAUCCGAUUAUCUAAGCGAUUCGGCACUUCAAAAAGACAAAAGUGGUAUGUGGAAUUGCGUUGCUUCAGUAAGCGAUAGAGUUUUUGAAAAAUUUCUGGAAGUAAUGAAAAACAAGCCCAGAGAUGAGGCGCGCGAAGCCGACUUGGAACAGCACGCUCAAUUCCUACUUGUAAAUUUCAAUCACACUCAUAAGCAAAUCAGGAGGGUUUCCGAUAAGUUCUUGGCUAGUUUGGUUGAUAAAUUUCCGCAUUUGUUAUGGAGCAGACGGGUAUUGUGGACUAUGCUGGAUAUUUUACAAGUUCUCUCGUAUUCGCUGGAAAUUGAUCCGAAUCAAGAAACACCUACUUUGAGAAUACCUACGACUCCGUAUUCUAUACAAUUAAUGGACACUUUAGAAGCUAGAGAGUCUAUAAUCAAGGAUUUUGCUGCCAAUUCUGAAAGGAUUAUUAAAGAAGCUAUGAGAUGGGCUCCGCAAUGGACUAGGUCUCAUAUACAAGAGUAUAUUAAUCAAAUACCAACAUCAGGUAUGUGGCACCAUACUGGUUUAUCGAUGGCGCUGGAAUCUAUCUUACAAUUUGGCCCAUUGAAUUUAUACAGCGCCCCUCUGAGUAUAUCUACUUUGGAGAAGCGUCCUAAAUGUGUUAAAAAUGACUCUAGUAAAAUUAUAUCCACCUCUGCCAUGAGAUCAAAAUAUAUUGGCGAGGUAAUUGGUAUGCUGACAAUAUAUGGAGAAGACCAAAUAGAAGAACUAAUAACAGCAAUAUUAAAAAGAGUUCGAAGCGCUUGUAGCCAGCAAUCGGACUCUUUGCACAGAGACGCUUUAUGGCAAGCUACAGCUCUUUUAAUUCACACAUCAGAAUUCAAUAGAACCUUACUUCAUGCAAUUGCCUCUUCACAAGUUGAAGUUUUUAGUGUGGAAGCCAUGAGAACGGCAGUGGAAUGUUGGCAAUGGCUUAUAACGUCCAAACCAGAGCUGGAAAUGAGAUUUCUUCAGGAAAUGGUUGCGGCUUGGAAAUGUACCAUUCAGAAAAAACUUGGGUUGUUUUCUACUACGCGACCACAAACCAGUCCUUUGGCUGUUUACGAAGGUUGUGAUCUAGAUCCAGAUACUCCUUUUGUAAAGCCUCACGUGAUAUGGGUGCAAUUUAUUUGCGAAUUAGUUGAAACGAUUAAGUAUAGCAGCUAUGAAAAAAUGGAAAUGAUUGCUAGUUUGAUUCAUCACUCUUUGCCCAUGUCUGUCGGUACUGAUCCUCCUGCUAUUACAAGACAUACAUCUGCUGUUGGAGUUAGAUUUAAACUCAUGACUUGUGGUUUGUCACUGUUGCAAGGCGAUAUUUUGCCUAAAAGUUUAGCCAAGAAUGUUUUGAGAGAAAGAAUUUAUUGUUCGUGUUUGGAUUAUUUUUGCAAGCCCAUCAAAUGCCCCACUCAAAAUUCGAACGACUUGAGAGACGAUAUUACUACACUAGUUCGAUUUUGGCAAACUUUACAUUCCGAUAAGAAGUACUUAAAAGUUAGUGAUGUAGGAGAUUUAGGUCCUACAACUCCGAUCUCUGGCGUGCAAAACAACGAAAUGGCAAAACCGAGCGAUUUUGCCAGGCCAACUUCAGGCUGGAUUAACACAAUGCCCCUUUCCACAAGUACGGCAACUUUGAGCAAGAGAUCAGCCAAAUCGGCAAGAAAAGUACCAAUGGCCGACAAUUUUGUGAAAUGCUACUUGAAAAAACGUAAUUUGAUUUUGGAACUGUUGGCAGUAGAAAUUGAGUUUUUGGUAGUUUGGCACAACCCCACUUCUAGGCCUGAAUUGAUAAUUCCAGGCGAGGAAAACAUCGCCUCCUGGCGAGCUAAAACGAUAACCGACAAACAGUGGCACGAUUAUACGCGUCUGGCCUGGGAAAUAUCGCCCGUCUUAGCUGUUUAUUUACCUACUAGAUUCAAGACCAACGAAGCCAUAAUCAGCGAAAUCAAGAGUCAGGUUCAAAUGAAUCCCACUUCAGUCACUCACGUGCCAGAGGCUCUGCAAUACUUGGCCACCACCGAGGCUAUUUUGGCCGACAGUCCUAAGUUGGUGCACAUGCUGACUUGGGCUAGAGUAUCACCAAUACAGGCACUGGCAUACUUCAGUAGACAAUUUCCGUCUCAUCCAAUCUCCGCCCAAUAUGCGGUCAGGGUUUUAAGCUCUUACCAAGCUGACGCAGUGCUGUUUUACAUUCCGCAACUUGUCCAAAGUUUAAGGCAUGAUAAGAUGGGUUAUGUAACUGAGUUCAUCAAGUGGAUAGCUAAAAAAUCUCAAAUAGUAGCCCAUCAGCUUAUUUGGAAUAUGAAAACGAAUAUGUAUACUGACGAGGAUAUGCAAAUUAAAGAUCCCAUUUUAUUUGAACUACUAGAAUCUUUAACAAAUAAUAUUGUGGGUGAGCUUUCGGGACCGGCGAAAAUGUUCUACGAAAGGGAGUUUGACUUUUUCGACAAAAUUACAAAUAUUUCCGGAGAAAUUAGACCUUAUCCUAAGGGACCCGAAAGACGUCGUGCCUGUUUAGAAGCAUUAAGUAAAAUUAAGGUUCAACCCGGUUGCUACCUGCCAAGUAAUCCCGAAGCCAUGGUACUGGAUAUCGACUACAAAAGCGGCAUACCGAUGCAAAGUGCCGCCAAAGCCCCGUACCUUGCCAGAUUCAAAGUGGCCAGGUGCGGCAUUCAAGAGCUGGAAAAUAUCGCCAUGGCAGUUUCUAUAAACGAGACAUACGAGCGCUCGUUGGAUGCGGAAAUUUGGCAAGCGGCGAUAUUUAAAGUGGGCGACGAUGUCAGGCAGGACAUGUUGGCUUUGCAAGUGAUUGGAAUUUUCAAAAAUGUUUUUCAGACUGUCGGGUUGGAUUUGUACUUGUUUCCUUAUAGGGUUGUUGCCACUGCACCAGGGUGUGGUGUGAUUGAGUGUGUCCCCAAUGCAAAAUCUCGUGACCAACUAGGACGACAAACCGACAUAGGAAUGUACGAGUAUUUUUUGAAAAAGUACGGCGACGACAGCACAAAAGAGUUCCAAAUCGCCCGUAGAAAUUUCAUUAUAUCGAUGGCCGCUUACAGCGUCAUCGGGUUCUUGUUGCAAAUCAAAGACAGACACAACGGCAACAUUAUGUUGGACACUGAAGGCCACAUUAUUCAUAUUGAUUUCGGUUUUAUGUUUGAAUCCUCACCUGGAGGCAAUUUAGGUUUCGAGCCUGAUAUAAAACUAACCGAUGAAAUGGUAAUGAUAAUGGGUGGAAAAAUGGAAGCGGCACCAUUUAAAUGGUUCUCAGACUUGUGCGUUCACGCCUAUUUGGCUGUCAGGCCUCAUCAAGAAGCCAUAAUCUCGCUAGUGUCUCUUAUGCUGGACACAGGAUUGCCAUGUUUCAGAGGGCAAACCAUCAAACUUUUACGGGGUAGAUUUAAUCCGGGCGCAAACGACAAAGAGGCUGCAAAUUAUAUGCUACAAAUAAUCAGGAAUAGCUUUUUGAACUUUAGAACGCGUACUUACGAUAUGAUUCAAUAUUAUCAGAAUCAAAUUCCCUAUUAAUAAUUUGAUAGUUUCAUAUUUACUUAAGUCUAUGACAAAUUAUUGUGGUUUGGUUAAUUUUUACUAACCAAAUGGAUAUUUUUAGAAGAAAUUGCAUUUAUUUUUUAAUUUAUUUACUAACCCUCUGGUUGGUAUAAUUCUAGUCAAAAAUUUAUUGUCAAUAGGAUUUAGGUAUGUGAUAUUUAUUUAUGGUUUCAGAUAAUAAUAAUAAUAAUAAUAUGUUACAUAUAAAUUAAAAAUAUUGGUUUUUAUUCAGAAAUUAUUUAAAGGCCUCGACAAUGUCCGUAGUAACUUUUCGGUUCAAAAUUUCGAUCCAGUAACCAUCCGGAUCUGUAAUAAAAGCAAUCCCUUUCAUUUGCCCAUCAUCUGGUUUCUUGAUGAAGUUGACUCCGUGUUUUUCAAAGUGUUCGCAUGCUUUGUAGACGUCGGGAACUUCUAGACCAAUAUGACCUGGAAUAAUUGGG